UCUCCUUUCAGCCCGUACCGCUGGCUUUCUUUCUAGCGUGGUAUCCAGACGGCGACUCCAGUGUUUUCUCUGCGAGCAUCAAGAGGCUGACCUCUGGUGGAGGACUGUGACCCGGGGCCACCUGCCAGGCCGGGCCUCCCUGCUCCUGACUGACAGUCACACAGCUCCACUGCUGGUAUCGUAACAUGGGGAACCUACUGAAAGUUUUGACCUGCACAGAUCUGGAACAGGAGCCCAAUUUUUUCCUCGAUUUUGAAAACGCCCAGCCCACAGAUGCAGAGCGAGAGGUGUGGGAGCAGGUGGACGUGGUGCUGAAGGACGCUAAGGGGAUCCUGGAUGAGCUGCAGGCGUACAAAGGAGCGGGGCAGGAGAUCAGAGAGGCGAUCCAGAAUCCAAACGAUGAGGCGUUACAGGAGCAGGCGUGGGCGGCUGUGGUCCCUCUGGUGGGAAGACUGAAGAAGUUCUACCAGUUCUCCCAGAGACUAGAGGCGGCGCUGCACAGCCUGCUGGGAGCUCUGACCAGCGAGACUUACGACGACCCCACUCAGCACCUGGAGCGGGAGCAGGCGCUGGCCAAGCAGUUCGCAGAGAUCCUGCACUUCACUCUGCGCUUUGAUGAGCUUAAAAUGACAAAUCCUGCCAUUCAGAAUGACUUCAGCUACUAUAGAAGAACCUUGAGCCGGAUGCGGAUCAACAACGUACCGGCGGAGGGUGAGAAUGAAGUCAACAAUGAACUGGCCAAUCGGAUAUCUCUGUUCUACGCCGAUGCCACGCCCAUGCUGAAAACAUUAAGCGACGGCACAACAAAGUUUGUAUCAGAGAAUAAGAACCUGCCCAUCGAGAACACGACAGACUGUUUAAGCACGAUGGCGAGUGUGUGUAAAGUCAUGUUGGAAACGCCGGAGUACCGCAGCCGGUUCACCAGUGAGGACACGGUGUCGUUCUGCCUCCGGGUGAUGGUCGGGGUCAUCAUCCUGUACGACUACGUCCAUCCUGUCGGAGCCUUCGCAAAGUCGUCCAAAAUCGAUAUGAAAGGCUGCAUCAAAGUCCUAAAAGAUCAGCCUCCGAACAGCGUCGAAGGCCUCCUCAACGCUCUCAGGUACACAACCAAGCAUCUGAAUGAUGAAUCAACCAACAAGACUAUCAAGAGCAUGCUGCAGUAGGACGGAGCUGCUACAACUGCUUGCCUCACACCCUGCUGGGGGGAGACGCCACUCUCCUGACUGAUGUCGGUGCACAGAAUGUUUUUUUUUUCUUUUGCUUUUUUUCUUUUAAUAAUGGAAAAAGAGCUACAGCUCCGCCCUCUUUUAUAAUGCAAAAUGCUACUGCCAUUAUGAACGUCUUUUUCUGUGCCAAAAAGAUGUUGCUGAUGUUUUCGAUAAAAGGCCAUGCGACAAUGGCAGCUAAUGAAAGCAUUGUGGAUCCUCUGGUGUUUUUAAACUUGUUUUUCCCCUACAGAAGGGACGACGGGAGUGCUUUGACUUGAAAAUUUAAAAAGAGAGAGAUAUAUAGAGAAGUAUAUAUUAUUUUUGUUUGAUUCGUUAUUUAAUAUUACAUCCUCUGCAUGAUGUCUUUUCCUUCUAUUUAAAAAAAACCUAAUGGUUCAGUUUAAUUUGUCUGCUCUAUUGUGCAUUAUUAAAUGUUUUGUUAUUGAAAUGGUACUUGUCGAAAUGAGAUUUAAGAGUACUGUUUUUAUAUUUUUUAUAGGUUUUAAUUUGUGCAUAUGUCUUUUUUUCAUAGUUGUGUUGUAUUUUUCAUUUGAAAAACUUUAAACUGUGAUGUGUGGAAAAAUCAAUUUAAAAUUGGGAGUCUGUACUGUAAAUGGACGGUAUGUUGUCGGCUGGAGAAAUUAAAAGGAGAACUCUUGUUUUCUACAA